AUGUUUCAGGUUCUUUGUCUAUUAAGUCAAGCAAAAAGCUGUGAUGAAAUUCAUCAUGCCAAGAAAGUCGGAAAGCAUCUCAAUCCAAUUGCUAGCACCAAUGAUGAUUUUCCAUACAUUUUCUGGCAUAAGGACACCCGAAAAAUUGAAAGAGAUUAUUCUACAACUGACUUAAAUUCAAUUGUCGAUCAAAUCUCUAACGAAUUCGAACUAGAAAGAGAUAGAGUUCAAAAUAAUUUUUCUCGUUCGAAAUGGGCUUCCUACUCCAAGCAACUUUUCAACCGAAUUAAUUUUGAUCUAGAUAACGACGGUUUUAGAGUUGUAUCUUUGGGCGGAACAGUUAUGAAAAUUACCAAGAAUAAUGGUGUUUAUAACGUUAAUUGCCGCAAAGCAAGCAUCUACACAAUGCUUCUCCAAAAGAAGUAUCGAAUCCGUAUGUUUAUUGAGCAUUCAACUCCAGAAGAUUAUAUCAUCAAAACAUUUCAACCAAUUCCUGGCCAAUUAAUAUCUGAUAUUUACAACAAAUUGAAUAGUGAGAUCGAAGUUGCUAUCAAUACUUAUAAGUCUAUUUAA